UAAAUGGGGUUUAAGCGAUCUUCAAUACGCACCACUCACUAGUCGUCUCUAGCUAAACAUGGCAUCUCUUGUAGAGAAACAACUCUUUAAGUCACUCCUCUCAGCCUUCCUUCUAGUUCUACUCUUCUCCGAGACUGUUUAUUCGUCCCGGAAAACAAUGGAUCAGAAAAAACCAUGCAAACAUUUCUCCUUUUACUUCCAUGAUAUCCUAUACGAUGGCGACAACGUAGCAAACGCAACGUCAGCCGCUAUCGUCAGCCCUCCUGGACUAGGAAACUUCAAGUUCGGUAAGUUUGUGAUCUUUGACGGCCCCAUAACAAUGGACAAGAACUAUCUAUCAGAACCCUUGGCUCGUGCACAAGGCUUCUAUUUCUACGACAUGAAGACAGACUACAAUGCGUGGUUUUGCUACACCUUGGUGUUUAACUCGACGGAACACAAAGGUACACUGAACAUAAUGGGUGCGGAUCUGAUGAUGGAGCCGACAAGAGAUCUAUCGGUCGUCGGUGGGACUGGUGAUUUCUUCAUGGCUAGUGGGAUCGCUACCUUCGUGACGGACAUAUUUCAAGGGGCUAAGUAUUUCCGUGUUAAGAUGGAUAUUAAACUCUAUGAAUGUUACUAAGUAAUUUAUAUGUGUUUUAUUUUUGCAAUUUGUGUUGACACAGAGAUAAAAUGUGUUACUAAUAAUAAUCAAGUGUUUUUUUGUUAGUUUUAAUGUGUGUGUGCGUUUUAAAUUUAAUUCAUAAUUCAUGUUCCCCAAUUGUUAGAAGCCGAAAUGAAAGAAAAA